UCUCUACAACUAGAGAUCAAUACAUUUACCCAAGAAAAGAUGACAAGUAUCUGCGAAGAUCCAGGUAAAAGCUCGUGGCCAGAGCUGAUUGGAACGAGAGGAGAAUAUGCAAAAGAAGUGAUCGAAAGAGAGAAUCCCAAAAUGGGAGCAGUCAUCAUUUUGGAUGGAACAGCUGUUCCUGAGAUCUUCAUAUGCUCUCGUGUUUAUGUUUGGGUCAACGACCUCGGAGUCGUUGUUCAAGUUCCCACCAUCGGUUGA